AUGGCCUUCUUCGGACUGGCGUAUGCACUCCUGGCUGCAAUGCCCUUCGUGACGUCGUUUACUAUCCCAUCGCCCUUGUCGAUCAACAGCGAUAUCACGCAGCUGUACUACAACGAUCUCGACCAGUACACCGCCAGCGAGCAUAGGAGUAUACUCCUGCUUUCUCCUCAGCUGCGCUCGGACGCAGCGAAAGCUUGCGCCGUGCUUGGCGAGACGCUGCUGCCGGUGAACGAGACAUUCUUCCUGAUGGAAAUGGUGCAUUCCCUACAAUACCAGAUCUAUAAGGGUGCAUACGGCGAGGAUCAGUUGUUCUGGAUCGGCACUAGCGAUGCUUGCGAGAUUGUCAAUUCCGUCGGUUUGGUAGGCGAAGCGGAAUGCGACCUGGAGUUGCCUGUGCUCUGUAGUCAGAGCUCGGGUUUUGGUGCAUCACCUGAGCCCACCAACUCCAUUAUUGUCACAUCGGGCAACUUGUCGAUCACUGGAUACCGAGAUCAGCUGUCGUUCCGAUUCCAAGGAAUACCAUACGCAAAUCCACCUGAGCGCUUCACAUACCCUACAUUCUACUCCGGCUCACCAGAUCUGAACGCGACUGCGUUUGGUCCUGAGUGUGUGCAGGUCGGCGUCCUUAACAGCAGCGAGGAUUGCCUAUUCCUCAAUAUCUGGACUCCAUUUAUACCGUUGGACGCCUCGACCGUGACGAAGGAGCAACUCAAACCGGUCUUCUUCUGGAUACACGGCGGGGCCUUCACAAGCGGGACCGGCUCUGAUCCAACAUACGCGGGGAGUAACAUGGUGUCCCGUGGUGACGUCGUGGUGGUGACUAUCAAUUACCGCCUGUCCACCCUCGGCUUCCUGGCGCUCGACGAUGGGAUGACCAACGGAAACUUCGGCAUCGCAGAUCAGAUCACCGCCCUAGAUUGGGUACUCGAGUAUAUCACAGCAUUCGGCGGUGACCCCAACCGUAUCACCAUCGCUGGCCAAUCUGCUGGCGCAGCGUCCGUCCGCGCACUGCUUGCUUCCCCGCGGGCAAUCGGAAAAUAUGCUGCAGCGAUACCGAUGAGCAACCUGGCCGGUAUUGACUAUGCGGCGCCGUACUCGUUCUACUACACCAUUCCCGACGAAGUUGACAUGGUUGUGGAGCCGAUCCUGGAGAAGACAGGCUGCAGCCUGACCGAUGCGCUUGAAUGCUUGCGAGGAUACAAUGCGUACGACCUUGUUAGUUUGGAGCAUGUGGCGAGUUACCUCGUUAUUGACGGUACCUAUGUGGUCUAUCCUGAGCUCCCAUUGAACGGGUCGGGAACCGUUGCCAACGUCCACACCAUGAUGGGAUACAUGCGCGAUGAUGGCGCAGCUUUUAUCGGCUAUCCCACCAGCGACAACUUGACAGCUGGCCUUAUCGCUCAGUCGCUGCCCACUACCGUGGUUAAUAACUCGCUCUUCCCGCCCGUCACUGGCCCCAACGCUACCCUCGAUGUGUUCAACAUCACCGCACGAGUUGGAACGGAUGUCGAGUUCCGUUGUCUUGAUCAGGCGACCGCAUGGUCCGGCCUGCAGCAUGAUCUCUUCCAAAGCGUGUGGUUCUACGAAUUUAACCGCAGCUACCAGCUUGCGACAUUCGAGCCGAACUACCCUGUUUGUGAUGCACCCGCUGACGCAACCCAUCCAGAUGGAGAUCCCUCGCAGGAGUAUUUCAAAUGCCACGCCGGGGAGCUGUACUACGUCUUCGCGACUUUGCCCAAUAGUCUGCCAUAUCGCGACGCGGAGGACCUGCUGUUCAUGCAGACUAUACUAGACGCGUGGACAGCAUUCACCCGCACGUACAAUCCGAACCCCGACCCGCUCUACCUGGCGGUUCGUGGGUACUGGACCUCCCUCAAACGGCUUGCACAGGAGAGCCCUUGGCUACCUGUCACGAACGAGACACUCAGGACCACGCCGUUGAGGAUGCUCCAGUGGCCGAGCUACAUGACGGAGUUCGCGGAGUAG